AUACUAUAUAAAUAGUAGUAUCAUCUCUCUUCUUCUCAUUCCAUAUAUGUGAGUUUUUUUUCUUCUUUUUUUCUAUAUAAGGUCAUUCCAUCUGCUUUCGUGGAAUUGAAAAAAAAGAAGAAAAAUGGCGAAUAUAGGGAUAAUGGAUAGUGCCUAUUUUGUUGGAAGGAAUGAGCUAUUGACAUGGAUCAAUGCCAGGUUACAGCUUAAUCUUACCCGCAUUGAAGAGGUUGCAUCUGGGGCUGUGCAGUGUCAGAUGAUGGACAUGACCUAUCCAGGAGCUGUUCCAAUGCACAAGGUUAACUUUGAUGCAAAGACUGAAUAUGACAUGAUCCAAAACUACAAAGUGCUGCAAGAUGUGUUUAGCAAGCUAAAAAUUGACAAGCAUAUUGAAGUUAACAGGCUUGUUAAGGGCCGUCCUUUGGAUAAUUUGGAGUUUCUGCAAUGGCUGAAGCGUUAUUGUGAGUCUGUAAAUGGUGGUAUUAUGAAUGAGAACUAUAAUCCUCUGGAACGUAGAAGUAAGGUUGGGAGGGAACGAAAUGUGAAGGGUUCUCAGAGAUCUGCAAAGUCACUUCUAACUAACAACAGUCAUAACCCUGGAUUAGGGGAAGGCAUGACUAAGAUUAAAGGAAUAAAACAAGGAAGGUCAAGUCCAGUAAUGGGUGGGGUUAAUUCUUCAACGGAGAUUCAGGCUUUGUCAAAGGAGGUUACAGAUCUCAAGCUCUCUGUUGACCACUUGGAGAAAGAAAGAGAUUUUUAUUUUGCAAAGUUACGAGAUAUUGAGAUUCUCUGUCAGACUCCAGACUUAGAAGAUGUCCCGAUGGCUAUGGCAGUUAAAAAGAUAUUAUAUGCUGCUGAUGCAAGAGAAUCAGCUUUGGCCGAAGCUCAAGAAGUUCUGAGUCACUCCGUGGAUGGAAGUAAAAGCUGAACUGGAAUUGGAAUAUGAUAAGUAAGAAUUGCGUGCAGUAGUUUCUUAAUUGUAGAGGUUACUGUUUCAUCUUUGGUGAAAUGUUGCUAAGUUUCUGCUGUGUACAUCCAUGUGUUCUUUUUUUGGCUUUGAAAAAAGUCUUUCUCUAAUGUGUACUUGAUGGAGAUAUCUCCAGUGAAGCGGAAUUUGUAUUUCGAAUUUCGAUGUUUAUUAGUCAACUUUAAUUGAAAGAGUACCAUGUUCCACAAAUUGAAA